GUCCGCUUGGGGCCUCUAGCCACAUUUAUAUACAGCGUAACGGGAAAAAGCAAAGGCUACGCGAGCAUCCCGUCGGCCCCUGCUCCACGGGAGAAUGAUUCGAGAAUGAUUUGCCCAGCUAAUGACGUGGGCGCUCGUCCCUUCAUGGCCUUCCACUAUCUCUCCGAUGCAUGAUCCAGAAACAGGAGCCAGCAUGGGUUCUCGUGGUGAUCGUGCAAUCAUGCCGACAAUCUAUAACUACGCCCUCCACUCUCCCGUGGGGUUGCGAGACAACCACCUUCCUUCCGCUUCCAGGCCGUUGAAUAUCUACCUACAUCCUCUUUAGUCAUGGCCCCUUCAGCAUUAGCGGAUAUCUAUCCAAUCCCAGCGAAGCACUACGGCAAAUCCUCUAUUCAAGCAUCGGUUCUGCAUGGACCAAGGGAUUUGCGGCUCGAAACAAGAAGCAUAUCAGACCCUGCCCCACAUGAGCUCCAGAUUGCUAUCAAGGCUACCGGCGUGUGUGGCAGCGAUGUUUCGUAUUACAGCAAGUUCCGUAACGGAGAUCUGCAAGCUGUAGCACCGCUGUCCUUGGGCCAUGAGUCCUCUGGCAUUGUCGUUGCCGUCGGCGAGGCGGUUUCUGGCUUUCAGAUUGGCGAGCGGGUUGCGUUGGAGGUGGGCGUGCCCUGUGACAACUGUCGGUCGUGUCAGCGAGGUCGAUAUAACCUUUGCCCCGGCAUGCGGUUCAGGAGUAGCGCCAAGUCUGUGCCUCACUUUCAGGGAACGCUCCAGGAACGCAUCAACCACCCCGCCAAAUGGUGCCACAAGAUUCCAUCCCACGUAUCGAUGGAUGCUGCGGCCCUUCUCGAGCCGCUCUCUGUCGCCAUCCAUGCAACGCGGAGAGCCGCGAUAGAGCAAGGUGACACUGCUAUCGUCUUCGGCGCUGGAACAGUUGGCCUACUCGUCGCAGCAAUGGCUAAGAUGUCGGGAGCUACUACUGUUUUGAUUGCAGACAUCGAUGCUGGCAGGGUCAACUACGCCUUGCAGAACGGCUUUGCAACGAAAGGGUACACUGUAAAUCCUCGUAGCCACCUGACCGAGACUGCUGAAAAGCUUGCUACUGCAAAAGAUCUUGCGUCUCAAAUCGUUGAGAUUGCAAGUGCCGAUGAGCCGGACUUUGAGGGAGCGGACGUGACGUUCGACUGUACUGGAAAGGAGUCCUGCAUGCAGGCCGGUCUCUACAGCACAAGGCCUGGUGGUAGGUUGAUCAUGGUCGGUAUGGGCACUCCAAUCCAGACACUGCCAAUGUCCUCGUCUCAUCUGAGGGAGAUUGACAUCAUCGGCAUCUUCCGAUAUGCAAACACCUACCUGACUGGAAUCAAGAUCUUGUCCUUCGGCGUUCUUCCAAGUCUUGACAACAUGGUAACACAUCGUUUCAAGGGACUUGCUGCCGCAAAGGAAGCGUUCGAGCUCGCAGGAAAAACCAUGGACAAGGAUGGAAAUCUUGUGAUCAAGAUCCUCGUGGAGACAUAA